AUGAUAGAGGAUUAAAGUUAACUGUCUUACAUUAAUUUUAGAAACAAAAUUAGUUCAUAUCCUAUUGGAGAUAAAAAAACAAAUGAGAAUCUUAUUAAAAUCGAUAAAUUAAAAAAGUAAAAUAUGUAUUAUAAUUUAGAGUUUUACACAAAUGUAUUAAAUGUUCUAAAAAAUUAGAUAUUUAAGGAGCAUCUUAUUCAAUAUUUAAAGAAUUAGUAUUUUUAUUGUAAAAAGUUAGUGAUUUAGAAUAUGAAUAAGAAUAAAAGUAAAUUUUUAUAAUAAUUAGAUAAAUGGAUGUUUAUUAGAAAAUUAAAGAAAUUGAAAAAAAAUUAACAAAUUAUAAAAAUAAAAAAUUAUAAAUUGAUCAGAUGACUCAUCAGAUAUAAAAAAUAUUAAAUGAAUUAUGA